CGAAUGAGCGAACGAAAACGUGCAAAGAAUAGCAGACAUUUUGAUUUAAUUUUUUUUGUUUUUCGUAUCGGUAUUUAGUUGCAAAUUUCAUAUGUAAUUUUUCGCGUUUUGAAAUUACUUAUAUUUUGUUUUUAAAUUAAGUGCGCACAAUUUAAUGUUGGUGAUUUCGACAAUUUCGAAAAAAUACCUGGACGCAGCCUUUUAGCAAAAUAAAGAAGCCGUAAGUGAAUGUAUAAGUUGUAUGCAAUAAAAGUUGGUGCGAAAAUAUUAUAAGAAACUCAAUUAAACAUGUCUUGGGUGCCAUCAACUGACUUUGAAGAGGAAAUUGUUGAUUCACAACCGGGACAUAAUUUUAUUUUUGGUCAACUGUGUGAACCAACACAACAAACUUUUUAUCCACGUCCCAAAGAACAUUUGGAGUUUGUAGCACAACAGAAAUUUGCGAAAAAUAAACGUGAAAACACUUUAACAAACUCUCAAAAUCAUAAAUUGAAUCUUAUUGCAAGAGUGCAGCGUAUUGCUGGUACUAAACCGUUGGGUGAACAACCGACCAUCAAUGAUUGGGAUGACAAUGACAAUGUAGAACGCGAAGCGAUCGCUUUGAUGAGACAUGUUGGUCUCGGGCCUAGUUUGGAGCAACCAUUAGACGAAGUCCGCACCAUAGCCACACAUCCCAUAACGGAGGAGAUCAAAAUAAAUAGAAAUGGUCGCAAACAUAUGCCAGUAUUUUUUGAUGAGAAAUUUUUUGAAUUAAAACCGCGUGUUUCCCCAUCGUCGUCAUCUUCUGGCAACAAUAGUCCUGUAAUUGAAGAUGCUGCGACUAACCUUAAUGAUUCCUGCGCGUCACAGAAGAGCAGCAGCAACGCCACAUCAAGUGAAUUAGCGCAUGAACGAUCUUCUGAUACCCUUAAUAGUGGAUUUGAGAGUGCAAUUGAUAUUGUAGGUGAUGAGGAGAGUUUUGAGACUGCACGAGGAAGUGAUAAGGAAUACAGACCGCAAAAUUGGAGAGGAGAUGAAGUAGAAAAAACUACACAAAAUUGGCGCAGCAAUGACACAUUUAUUAAGAGUCAAUCAUGGAGGAGUACGAAAACAACAUACGCAAAUAGAAAUGGAAUUAAUAGAGAAAGCCAAAAUAAUGUAUGUAAUUGGCGUUCUUCAGCCGAUAAACCAAGUAGUAAAGAGAAGAGAAUUCAAAAGAAGCCACCUUUAUUAUGUUCACCCAAAGAAUUGUAUGAAAAGAAACGUCAAAUGAUUUAAAAACCGCAGAAAACACAAAACUCAGCAUAAAUAUAAUUUUAUAAGUGGUUAAAAAUUAAAAACAAAUUCUAGCAAAAUUUGAUUGAUUACUUGUACAAAUAUUCAUUUUUAAUUGGCAAUUGUGAAAAAUACAUUGUUUUAACUGUAGAUUUUAAAUAAAUUAACAGUACUUGAAAUUUUUAUGGUAAAAAUUACAUGAAGAAAUAUCUUGGAGUGAACGUCUAUAAUAUUAUAACUGCCAAAAGUUAUAGGCGUCAUUUAUAAGAAACUUAUAACGGGUUUAAACAGUGUUAGAUCGUGAUAUAAACAUAACAGAACUAACUUCUUGAAAAGGGUACAAAAAAAUGUAAAAUUUAACUUUAUAUGAAGUGAAGAUACUACAUAUUUGAUUGAAGAGUUAACAUUCAAAAGCAUGUGUUCCAUUAUAUUUAACCAUCAUCAAGGAAUUUAUUGAUUUAUGAUGAAAAGAUUUAUGAUGAUGUCUAAAACUGUUAAUUUUGAAGAUAUUUUAAAUUUGCCAAUAAUAAGUAAUUUGGGAGGUUCGGUUAAUAUAUCAGGAACUGUAUACCGGUAUCCAUACAUAUUAGAGGCAUAACUCUUUUUUUGACUCUCUUAUGCCCGGUUUCACAGUCCAUACUUAAGUUGUGCCCAAAUAAAACCUUAGCUAAGCAUUGUUGCAGACUGAGGAAUCGUUUGCGUUUCACAGUCAAUGCUUAAUCUCUAUAAAAUUUUAAUAUGAUAUAUGGCAACGUUAUGGGCAACAUAUGUUUUACGAAUAUCAUCCAUAAAAAUAUGUUUGAAAUUUAAAUUAUAACAGCCAAUAGAUUAAUUUGCGAGGAAAGUUAUAUGGAAAAUAGAUGAAAACACCGAAUUUCACUGUUAAAUAUACCAAUUACUCUAAAAUAGAGUAUAUAUUUCAAACGUAUACACACGUACAUUGCGAAUAAUAUAUUUUUAUAUAAUAAUAAAAAAAAUAUAAUUUUUAUUAAUAAUAAGGAACCGCUAAAAGACCUGUCUAUAUGUAUAGUUUGAUAAAUAUAAAUGUAUAUGCCAGUAAUAUACAUAUACAAGUAUAACACAAAUGACAAAUAUUUGUCCAAGUGAGAUCCAUCGAUUCAAACCUAGGACCUAAUAUACAUACAUAAGUUGUCCUCGGAAAACGACAUUACUAUUGCAAUACGUACAUAAUAUUCUUUAGUCAAAUGUAGUAUCUUUAAUACUGAUUGAGACAAACCAUAUUUUACCCAUGCAUUUUAUCUGUACAUCUUGAACAUAGUUAUUUGAAGGCUAUUGUUUUUUAGCAAAGUAUCUAGACCCUGCAUGAGGCAGAGCGCAAGUUAAUUGUCAUUGAAGUCA